UUACUGGCGACGUGGUGGGCCCCCUGCGCCCGUGCAGCUGUGCCCUUAACGCGCGGCGCGGCCGGGUGUUUAUUGCACACGAGGCGCGGAAAGCGCCCCACCAAGGGGGCGGCCGCGUCAACUGCCGCGAGCGCGGGUCGCGCUCCCCCAAAGCUCCCAACUCGCUUCAAGAGCCCCGAGGUCUAACUUGGAGCGUCAGGGGGACCUUAAGACCGUAAGUCAUCCAGACAACACUGCACAAUCUGAGGCGUUAAAAUGCCGGGGGGACGCUCGGAAGGCUCCCCAGCUAACCGGGAGACGUUUCCGCCGCCCUCGGUAGACAUGUUUCUCAACCCGGCUGAUCCUGUUUACAAACGGAAGCCUCGGAUCAACUCUAAGCCCAGUAAACAUGAACUUCUGGGAGAGGCUGUAAAAAGCAACUUCGUCACUCAACAGGUUCUUCGCGACCGUCCCGGCCUGCGACGCCGCUUCCAGAAAGCGAGAGGGAAAGCGCCGGGAAUGUCCUCCGCAGGCGGCCGGGAGCCAGCGGGACACCGGCCCAAGCCUCAGUUCCUCCCCGGCCCGCCCAGUCCCCUCCGGGUCCCCUCCGUGCGUUCGGCCACAGACACACAAACUUUCUGUACCGGAGCCCAACGUGGGAGCCCGAGCCCCGGCAGCGCGCCGCCUCCCACGACCGGGGCGAGCCACCCCCGCUGCUCCUUACCCAGGGCGGCCCCCAGCAGCGCCAGCACCUGCAGCGUCCCCAGGAGCAGCGCGGCCCAGGCACCUCGCGCGCCGAGUCCCAUUGUUCCAAGGGCAGGAUGCGGCGGCCUCGUGGGUUCCCAGCCGAGGAGGCAGCAGCGAGAGCGGGUCCUCUGCGCAGUCGGCGCCGGCUCCGCGUCCCCUCAGGCGGCGCACGUCUCCGCUCCCGCCGCUUGCCCCCCGAACGACCAAGUAGGGCGCAGGAGCUGGGCCUGGAGGGGGCGUCGCGCGCGCAGCCGGAGCGGCAAGGCCGGGCGGGGUGGCGCGGGGGCGGGCUCGGGGUUCUGGGCGUGGCGACGCGGCUCCCGGCCUCCCUCGCAGGCGCGCCUGGGAACCCCAGAAGCCGCUUCCUUUCUCUUCAGAAACGGCAGUUUUGUCGUCCUGGAUGAAGGCGAGCGCCGCUGCCUCUCCGAAUGCUGAGCACGCGCGCUUCGCGGUGCCCGGAAGGAAGUCUUUGAAGAGUAGUUUUGCCGGCAGGGAGGUUACAGGGCCCUGACUCCUGUGUCUCCUGCUGAGAGGCUGAGCUUGCCAGCUCCACUUCCAACUGGUCAUGGAGCAGAAUCAGUGACCGAGGAGGAAAGGGCUGAGGGAAGAAACAACUGUUUUUAAUUCUCUUAAGAAAAGAGCACGGAUGUAAACAAUGAACCAACAACAGGACACAGGAUUAGCCUACAGGAAUCUUUCUUACCUCCUCUGGCAAAGCCAAUCAUGAUGUCAGCAGUUCCCCAUGGAAGUUUCCUGAAACGCAAGGGGAUCUCUUUGCCCCACAUGUUUAAAGCCUUUGACACUAAUCGUUCCACUGUAAUACGUGGUAAGUCUCGAGUAUAUGACAUGAUCCUAGUAGCAAACAAGAAAACAGUAUUUGACCUCUUGGGAAACAGGCUUUCUUGUUUUUCCAAAAUGAGCUAGGGCAAAACCAACCUGUAGGUGACUACUUUGGAAGUCCAUUUUGCGUGAUCUGGAAAUAGUGAGUAUUCUGCAACAUCUGGCACUCCACAUCUGGGCUUCUUCAUUAUUUCUAUGAUGCGGGAGCUUAACGUUCCAGUUACAGGCAGGCCAAAGAAUUUUUGCAUCUCCUUGAGUUUGGCUUCUAAACUGUUGACUUUA